AUGGCUCAGCCCAAUCCUUACCUGUUGGCCUGCGACAACCCGUCAGCACUGCUCGAACUCCUGCGCUCCAAUCCCGCGAUCGCUUCUUCCCAGGACGAACAUGGAUACUCCCUACUCCACGCCGCCUCAUCCUACGGCCACCUCGAUCUCCUGCGUGCGCUGGUGAAAGAAUUCAAUGUGAACGCCAACCUCCUCGAUGAGGACGGCGAGACCUGCCUGUUCGUGGCUGAGACUCCCAAGGUCGCCCGAUGCCUGGUCGAGGAACUCGGAGUCGAUUAUAACAAGACCAACGAUGACGGGCACAAGGCUCACGAGAAGAUGGAAGCCGACGAUGAAUUUCCCCAGGUAGUCGCCUACCUGCGCGAAGUCUCGGGGGCUCCUGCUGCGGCAGACAGCUCGGGGGGACCAUUGAAUGCCCCUCCACCUGUUCCUGGUAACAUGCAGGUGAAUAUCGGUACAAUGUCGGAACAAGAAGCCAAUGCUGGUGAAAUGGAGGUGGAUCCCGAGUUUAAGCGCCGAAUUGACGAGUUGGCAGCUCGCGAGGACUUCAACAGCGCAGCCACUCAAGAGCAAUUGCGGGAUUUGGUCAUGGAUGCACUCUCCGGUUCCAGCAUUGAGACUGCUGAUCGCGAAACCCGGAGGAGGGUGGAAUAG